CUGCACACGGGAGCUCCCGCCAUAUCUCCCCGCCCCCAACGCAGCACCAUGGCGCCCAGGCCCUCGCCGGUCCUGCGCGCCGCCUGGCUCCUGGCCCUGGCCCUGCAGUGGCCGUCCAUCGGCGCGACGAGGGGCCGCCGCCGCCGCCGCGGCGAACGAGACGCGCGCCGGCAGCGCCGGCGGCGCCGCCGCCAACGCCAGCGCGCGCGUGCCGCGGCCGGCCCCGCGCGUGUACUUCCUCUUCCUGGCCGUCGACAAGGUGUCGAACCUGGGGGUGUGGCGCUCCUUCCUCCAGAACGCCCCCCGGGAGCAGUUCAGGGCGUUCGUCCACUGCAAGCUGCCGUCGUGCAACGCGCAGGUGCAGGGCACCGAGCUCAUCGCGGUGCCGACGGUGCCGAGCUACUACUGCACAGACCUCGUGUCUCCGAUGAACCAGCUGUUGAACAUAGCGAUCCAGUCGGACAUAACCUUCCACUCCGCAGACAAGUUCGCUUUCAUUUCGGACUCCACGCUUCCGGCCAAGCCGUUCGCGUCUAUCUAUUCGACGCUGAGCAAUCGGCAGGGCUCCGACUUCUGCGUGUUCCCCUCCUUCGAGUGGGCGGACGUGGUCGGGCCGGACGGGAAGCUCGAGGUGGUAGCCAAGCAUCACCAGUGGGUAACCUUGGAGCGCGCGCACUCGGAGUUGUUGCUGAAAGACUGGUGGAGCGGAAAGCUGCACAACUUGAUGGCCCAUUUCAGGAUUCGGAUGAACCAGGACGCGCACAAUUCGU